CCCUGUUUCAAACCAACAAAAACUUCACCAGAUUGUUAUUAUAGUAUGAGGGUUUAUACAAUCACAAACACACUACAAUUUGGACAGAUUGGAUAGUUGGAUAACUCAAGAGUCAACCUUUGUUCAGCCAAACUCCCACUAACAAUCCUCACCUUUAUAUGUGAAUCCACAAGCUUCAUUCAGCAUUUACUGUUAGCCUCCAUUGUCAUUGAUUCUUUGUUUGUCUCAGAUCCUCCAAUCGCAUUUUCAUGGCUUAUUCAAGAUUGAUCAAAUUGCUUCUUCUGUGUAACCCUUGCGCAUGGAUUCUUCUUCUUCUUCUUCUCCAUACAAAAUCCUCGGAGGGACUUGCAGACGAUAGUGAUUGGCUCCGGCGGAUCGGUGCGAAUGCAGCGCCUUACCGGAUGAUCUUUGUCGACUCAUCCGGGCGACUCAGCAACUUCUCCACCAUACAGUCUGCCAUCAACUCCGUCCCUUCGAAUAACACGAACUGGGUUUGCAUCUACAUCAAGAAAGGGAUUUAUAGGGAGAAGGUGAGAAUACCGAAGGACAAGCCGUACAUCAUCCUCAAAGGACAAGCGAAGAGGACGACCCAGGUCGUGUGGGACGACCACGACACCGUUGCGCACAGCCCGACCUUCACUUCCUUGGCCGAUAACAUCGUCGCCAAGAGCAUCAGUUUCAGGAAUUCGUAUAAUAAUCCGAUGAAUAAGAAAAACCCUAGGGCCCCAGCAGUUGCAGUUAGGAUUUCUGGGGACAAGAAUGUGUUCCAUAGAUGUGGUUUCUAUGGUCUGCAAGAUACACUGUGGGACGACCAAGGACGGCAUUAUUUCAAGCGUUGCACGGUCCAAGGAGCCGUCGACUUCAUCUUCGGUAGUGGGCAGUCCAUUUACGAGAACUGUGCAAUAUCAGUGCUUGGAAGAGCCCUAGGGCAAGGAGUUUUAGGGUUCAUCACAGCGCAAGGAAGAAGCAACCCCCACGAUGCGAACGGGUUCGUGUUCAAGGAGUGCAAUGUGUUCGGCUCUGGGUCGGCCUUGUUGGGACGGCCGUGGAGAGCCUACGCGAGAGUCAUCUUCUAUCGCUCCAAUUUCACCAAUGUCGUGCAUGCUCGAGGCUGGGAAGCCGGGCAUUUCACCGGACAAGAGUCCCAAUUGACAUUUUCAGAAUACGGGUGCUACGGACCCGGGUCCAAUACUUCUCGCCGGGUGGGUUGGGAGAAGAAGUUGAGCGCGGCGACGGUCGGCCAGUUGACCAGCACAAGUUUCGUUGACUCCGAAGGGUGGCUAAGCAGUCAACCCUUCUAAUACCGUCACUUAUUUCUGUUUAUUAUUUCCUUCUUUACGGCUCCAUGACAUCAAUGCAUGGAUUUAGAUUACCUUAUGCUCAAUUAUUAUUCCCUCUUCUUUCACAAAAAUGUGUGAAUCACUCAACUUGAAUUAUUGGAACGAAAC